AUGCCAGAUAAUGGUUUCACUCAGGUAAUCACCAGCGGGUGUCUCUACACGGAUACGGAUACAAUAUUGAGUGACGUUCGAAGAUCACACCGACGUCCCUACCAACUGCACGAAGGUUCAUCUGUAUGCGACGAACCGAAGGAAUUCCCGCAAUAUGAGACUGCUUCCGGUAGCGAUGUUCGUCGAAUGUUGUCCGGUCGUGGUCGUGAAUGGGAGACGGCGGAUCGGUACGAUGAAGAGCACCACGAACGAGAUCGAUGGCACACGGGACAAUCGUUCAAGUACGAAUCAUACGAAGGGAGUGGUUACAAUCAUUUGCGAAAUCCGGGCAGGCCUGCCGUACGGUUGAAGGUAGCACAUCAGGAACCGAUCUCCAUUCGACCAAGGAACAAAAAUCCACAGAUUGUGAACGUGUGUCAAACGUUUCGCUUUCCGGACAACUUUAUCACGCAAAACAAUGCCACACGGAUGGAGCAGCAGCAGGAUCGGUUAGUGCAUCAACAACUACCCGUACCUAUCCCAGCUCGGCGGCCUCCAUUACUAUCGCCAUAUCGCAGUGCCAGUCGAUCACGUGUUGGUGGAUUUUUUAGCGUUUACAGACGCCACCGAAACAUGCACAGCCAGACGAGCCGAACGUUGAUCGAGUUGGUAGAAGCGGAACAGAAGAUGCAGCAGCAGCAGCAGCAAACGAACAGUAUUAGACCAACAGCUGGGCCGCGCACCACGACAAACUAUGGUGGUUCCUCUUACCGGAUGCCAGAGGAAACAAUGCUUGCUUCUAGCGAUAGUGAAUCAUCCAUCGGAGAGCCGGCCGAUGUCCGGUUACGAAUGCAACAAGGUGAUCGAAAGGCUAAAGUGUUGUCGAUGGUCCGUGAACAGUUGCGAGCUGGAAAUGGUCGCGCAGCGCACGUGCCGUACUUUGACCGCACUAAGCGAAACCACUCCUGUACAAAGCUGGUAGAUGGUGGUGCUACGAUGGGAGGUCAUUAUGGCAGAAGUACUAAGCUUCCGGCGGCAGGAACGAACGGAAAACCGUCCCGAUUUGCGAUAAAGCCGAAAACUGACAAUCGACGGACGUGCGCUCAGGAGGGCCAUGAGUUCGUGGAUGAUCCAUUUGUUUCGAAGGCGGGCCGUAAUCGAAAGCUGCAUCUGGGCGAAGAUUCUAUCGACGAUGAGGAAGGAUUGCAAGAGGAAGAAGAUGAAUCCGACGACGGUUCGAUCGAUGAGCAGCUGGAGAACGAUCGUGAUGAAUGCAGCGGACCGAUCGACUUGGAAUGUGAAGGUGGUGAAGAUCACGAUGACGAGACGAUCGGUGAUACGUUCGGACGAAGGCGUGGUCUCGGAGCAGAAGUGGUAUGCGUUGCUGUAGGUGCAAAAGAAGGCUCUGUAAGCAUCGCCGCCAUUGUGGAUAAGUUGCAGGACAAUGUGUGGGAAGUUUGCCUUGAAGGUAUCUGGGAUUUAAUGGACACAGCGUGCAGGAUCGAUUGGAAGAUGCAGGAAAAGUACAUCACCGUCAUCAAUCGGAAGUUGAUAGAGUUCCUCAAAUCACCUCGGACGGCUUUGUGCCGGUCGGCUUGCCAGGUGUCGGGCGAACUGUUUUGCCAGGCUAAAUCGACCAAACGACCAGAGUUCGACGAAAUAGUCGAUAUACUGCUAUGCAAGACGGCCGAUCCGAAUCGCUUCAUACAGAAGGAUGCAAACGUGGCGUUGGACAAAUUGGUCACCUACAUUCCAACGCCCCACACCGUACGAGCGAUAUCGAAUCGUGGCACCAUCCACCGUAAUCCGUUGGUGCGUACUGCAACGGCACGAUUGCUCGUGUGCAUUUGUGUCGUUUCCGGGCUCGAUGCGAUCCUGGGAACUACGGCCAACACAAGAACACGCAAAACUAUCCUGUCAAUGCUGGCAAAGUUUCUGACGGACAAAAAUCUCGAAACCAGGAAAUUCGGCGAACGGCUAUACCGUAUGUUGCGAAAGCAUAAAUUUUUCGACGAAUACUUCUACAAGGAUAUGGACAACAAUUUGCGCACAAAUUUGAAACGGGCGCUGAAAGGAGUCUAGACUGUGGGAUUUA